AUGGCAGUGUCGACUCAAAGAGGUCCACAGAAUCUCGAAGAGAAGCUACCACUCGAGCAAUAUACCCACUGUACAAGAUUCCCAGCAUACCCAGAUCACCUCACCUACUUGGACGUAUUCUAUUCUACAAUGGAACCCAUCAAUCGUGCUGUGCUCUCGCAGAAAGCGGGUGUCCACAUCCAAACGCAUGAGGUCGUCAACUUUACCUCGGUCGUGCUUGACCCAGGUGAUACAAACAGCGUUCUCAUUUUCUAUCGUGACUUGUCGACGAAGCAACUUCGAGUCUCCUUGAACAAGGAACAGAAGACAGUCAAAGUCGACGGUGAACAUAUAUCCGUAAAGAGCGAAAAUUACAACUUCGCCAUAUCAGCGGUUGCAUAUGGAUCAGAAGUACACUUCACUCUAUCAACCGCCCAUGCGCUCUUUAGGAUCCGCAUCUACUAUGUGGACGAUGAGGGUCACAUCCGUGAACUGAUGGGCAAGUGCACUGAUUCCAAUCGCAAGGAUGUUGACAAUUGGAAAUGGUCUGCCUCUUCUGGUUUCAACGGCAAGAAAUAUAAGACCCUGGCCAACGCCCGUAUCUCCGCUUUUUGUAACAAGAGCGAUGACACCCUCAACGUGGUGUAUGUGAACACAGAGGGGAAGUUUAUCAGAGCAUACUCUCGUCCUAGCACGGCCUAUGUGGCAGAUGGCAAUUGGAUACAGGAAGAGGUCAAGGAAGCUUAA